GUAAGCAGGUCUAUCAGUUUUGGACAUGGGGGCUUAUCGGUAUAUGCAGGAACUGUAUAGGCAAAGCGAUGUCAUGCGAUAUCUGCUUACAAUUCGCGUUUGGCAGUAUCGUCAAUUGAAUAAAUUGCAUCGCUCGCCUAGGCCAACUCGACCGGAUAAAGCAAGACGUCUGGGAUAUAAAGCUAAACAAGGAUUUGUCAUUUAUCGAAUUCGUGUACGUCGUGGUGGCCGAAAGCGCCCUGUACCAAAAGGCUGCACUUAUGGAAAGCCAAAAAGUCAUGGUGUAAAUCAAUUAAAACCUUAUCGUGGAUUGCAGUCUAUUGCUGAGGAACAUGUUGGUCGCAGGUUAGGUGGCCUUCGGGUUUUGAACUCCUAUUGGAUUGCUCAAGAUGCUUCAUAUAAGUAUUUUGAGGUAAUAUUGAUCGAUACUCAUCAUAGUUCAAUUCGUCGUGAUCCGAAAAUUAAUUAGAUAUACAAGCACGUGCAUAAGCAUCGCGAGUUAAGGGGCCUUACAUCUGCAGGUAAAAGUUCCCGUGGAAUCGGCAAAGGAUACAGAUACUCGCAGACUAUUGGUGGGUCCAGGCGUGCUGCUUGGAAGCGCAAGAACCGAGAGCUUAUGCACAGGAAGCGUUAAAUUGUACCACACAUG